AUGAUCCUCAGAGCUCACAUCAGGCUGGCAAGGGUAUUGCUGGGACCGGCUGGCCCUCCAAGGCGCUCAGCCUCCACGUCCUCGAGGCCCGAGGACGACCCGUUCACCGCCGCUGACUAUCGGAUACGCUCCCCGAAGGAUCUCUUCUCUCACCUAUCACAAUACAUAGUCGGUCAAGAUCGAGCCAAGAGGAUACUAUCAGUGGCCGUGUUCAAUCACUACCAGCGUAUCGCUCCGCGACUGAAGCAUCUAGAAGAAAAGCCAGAACCCCCGUCCCCGCCCCCACGAGCUAAAGCGCCACUCAUAACCCUUGAAACACCUGUCCCAAAUCCUCCCUCCCCUCGGCAAGCGACGGUGAGCCCGUCAGUGUCUACUCGAUUAGACAAGGAACUUCAAGAUGCAGUGAGUUGGGAUCCAAGUAGAGUGACGGGGACGGGAAUGGAAGGAGGGGCGGCGGACCCGACUUUGACGCAUGAUUUGUUGACACUACGGUCUCGGGAAGGUCAAUGGGCACGAUCGGGAUUCUUUGAUUCUCGCCCACCUCCACUGCCGUCUCUGCUGGGUCAGGCGAUCAAGCGGCGGAAGGGAUCAGGCGAAGAUGUGGCCUCAACAGGAAAGUCGCGCAAGAAGCAGGCUUCUACGUCUUCGGCCACUCAGGGAGGCGUGUCUGGGCAGAGUGCAGCUGUGAAGCGGAAGGAUGAUGUUGUCAUUGAAAAGAGCAACGUUUUGAUGAUAGGGCCUACGGGUACAGGAAAGACCUUGAUGGCUAAAACGCUAGCCAAUAUAUUGGAUGUGCCAUUUGUAUCUUGCGACGCCACGGCGUAUACCCAAGCCGGGUACGUCGGCGAAGAUGUCGAGAACUGCGUUCUGAGACUGCUACAAGCCUCCAACUAUGACAUUGAUCGUACCGAGUUGGGCAUAAUCCACAUCGACGAGAUUGACAAGCUCGCUCGCCGAGGAGGCGGUGGCGAGGGAUCAUGGGGCGGUGGACGUGAUGUCGGCGGAGAGGGCGUUCAACAAGCUCUAUUGCGUCUUCUCGAAGGAACUACCCUCACUCUCACCGCUAAACCCCCACCAGUGACAUCGUCUGCUUCUACUCCCACUUCAUCAUCCACUUCUCCUACCUCGUCUUCAAACAGCGGACCUAGCGCCCCCAGUCCAGCCCCCAAAGCAGAGUUGAAUGCGAAGGGAAUUGAAAGGGACCCGCCCGGGUGGAAUCCCAAUGACCCGACGAACAGAGGGCUGGGAAGUGGCAAGAGGAGUGUGAGGGAGGGCUUGCCUGGAUAUAGUGGAGGUGGUGGAGGCGCUGACUGGAACACAGCCAACAAGGGCGAUACCUUUGUUGUAGACACCUCCAACAUUCUGUUUGUUCUGUCGGGUGCUUUUGUGGGAUUGGAACAGAUUGUCAAUCGCAGACUUGGGAAAGGCUCCAUAGGCUUCGGGGCACCUCUUCCCAAAUCACAGUCAGAAGCUGAUCAAAAACUCAACCCAAUUCCCCUGAAAGGUCUAUCAACACCGGACUUGACGACUUAUGGUCUCAUACCUGAAUUUCUUGGGCGACUUCCAACCCUCACCACUCUCCACCCCCUCUCUAUCCUCGAUCUUGUACACAUCUUGAACGAACCAAAGAAUGCCCUCUUGAAACAAUACGAGGCGCUCUUUGAAAAGUACGGAAGCGAGCUCAAAUUUACAAAAAAAGCAAUUGAAGAGGUAGCGAGGACAGCAUUGGAAAGAGGCGGUGGAGCUAGAGGACUGAGGGGAGUUUUGGAGGAGGUGCUCGUGGACUGCAUGUUUGAGGUGCCAGGAUCCUCAGUUAGGUACUGCCUCAUCACAGCAGCUGUAAUCCGGGGAGAAGAGCAAGCUUUCUAUUUCUCGAGAGGGCAGAAGACGGCCUUCUAUAGCGCCAUUGAAGCAGAGGACGGGCCUGCUAUCCGAGAGGGUCAUGAAGCCGGAGAUGAACUUCCAGGCGCAAGCGUUGUAGACGAAGGUAUGAGAGCCGUCGGCUAA